AUAUAAAAAGGGCUUUUCUUUGGAUUUAUUACAUUUCUACAGAGUGAGGGAGGGAAGGAAGGAGAGAGAGAGAGAGGCUGCUGCUCUCUGCUUCGUCUGAUGAAAUCAAAACCCAAGCCCGGAAAUCGGUUUGAAUGAGUUCGGUUUCCUCCCUUCUUCUCAAAAUCUUAUCAUUUCGGUGGCUAUAUUUGGUUACACCAGAUCAUUUUUCUCCAACAUCUGGCACCCAUAAAAUGAAAUCAAAACAAGAUAGGACCAUAUCAAGAGAUCAAAAACCGAAGCAUGGUCAAGGACAAGGGCCAAACUGGGUCCUUAUUGCAGGUGGUGCCUUGUUGAGUACACUAUCACUUCGGCUUGGAUACAAACUGAAGCAGGUUCUAGAGACAAAGAGACCGGACAAUGCUUGUUCCUUGAAAGGAAAUGGAAGAUCUAAUACCAGAAGGAGGUCAGGGGCCUGCCCAUUACAUUCAAACAUAUACUGUUUUACAGAGAACGAAGAUGGCUGUUACCAUUGCCUCUCAGGGGGAUCAGAAGGGAUGGCGGAGAUUAAGCGACUGCCCACCAGCCCAAUGUCUAAGGAAGCAGAAUUAGCACUGCCUUUAGUGACAAUUCCAGCACCAGAAUCCAGUAAGGAAAAUGGGGUGAUCUGGGCAUCAUCCCCUGAUCGCCUUGAGCUCCCUCAAAAGCCAUUCCACCGCUCGAAUAGCUCAGACUCUCCUUGCAUGUCAGAAUCUGGCUCUGAUAUCUACAGCAAACGGGAGGUGAUACACAAGCUGAGGCAACAGCUUAAGAGACGGGACGAAAUGAUCCUGGAGAUGCAGGCCCAGAUCAUGGACAUGCAGAAUUCACUGAGCAUGCAGGUAGCACAGUCGACCCACCUGCAGUCACAGCUGGAUUCUGCAAAUCAUGAACUGUUUGAAUCGGAAAGGGAGAUCCAGAGGCUGAGGAAGGCCAUCGCUGAUCACUGCGUCGGGGGAAUAGGGUCCACUGACGAGCGUGCAGCAUCCAGAAACUGGCAUGCGGAGCCCGCAAAUGGGCAUGCGAACGGGUUUCAUGACAGUCCGAAUGACAUAGAUUCAAAGCGCGGUGCUGUGGACAGAAGGAUAGGAGACGAGGAGAGGAUUGAGAUGUUGAAGAGGGAAGUAAGGGAAUUGAAGGAAGUGAUGGAAGGGAAGGACUUCCUGCUACAGGGCUACAAAGAGCAAAAGACAGAGCUCUGCUCAAAGAUAAAGGAGUUGCAGCUGGGAUUGGCAUCGCAGGUACCCUCCAUUUUGUAAGACUUGCCUAUAUCUGCCUCAUUUUCUUUGGGUUGCGGUGUUCCAUACAAGGAGGAUAUGACCUCUUUUCUUCUUUCAGUUCUUUUAGUGUUUCAUAUCUUGUACACAUCUGUGUGUGUGUGUGUGGAAAAAAAAAAGGGGGGGGAGUUAUUUCACACUCCGGCGGUGUGAUUGUUGAAACGCAGGCACUUGGAAAUUGUACAUGCGAUGAAUGUUGAACAGUCCAAAUUGUGGGAUCCACUGUAGAAAAUCAGCAUCCCAAAAAUCAGAUUGGUUGAACAUCUCUGACUGUUCACCUUUUUU